AUGGAAAAAGUUUUGUCCGUCGAAGAAAUCUCCGGUAACCAUCUUUGGUCGGCGUUAGAAAAAGAGGCUGAUAAUGGAACGACGGCGAUGAAUCGCAGCGACUCCGAAUGGGCAUUCCAUCGCUUCAUCCAAGAAUCCUCCGACGCCACUGCCGGAGAAGCUGCGACGGCGUGUGAUGGACCUCCUUCUCCGGUGGAUUCCGACGAAUACAGAGAGUUCCUCAAGAAUAAACUCAAUCUAGCUUGUGCUGCUGUCGCCAUGAAAAGGAUAAGAGCUUAUGGAGAGGUCUCUUACGUUUUCCAAAAGCUUGAGCAUCGAAUUACUGCAGAUGGGGAUCUUUCAUCAAACCUCAGGAUACCUCUGGUAGAUCUGAGAAUGGUGGAGCAUAUACAUCCAGUGCAUCAGAACAAAGCUCUCUAG